UACAUUCACUAUGAUUUUUACAGCAUGUUCAAAUUUGUCAUUUUUGUAGCGCUUGUCGCUUCAGUGUUUGCUGUGCCAGCACCUGAAUCAAAACCAGCCCCCAAACCUGGUUUAAUUGCUACUUCUUACUCAGCGCCAAUUAUUUCUUCUGCUCCAUUGGCUUACAGUGCCCCUCUGGCUUACAAUAGCGUUGGUUAUUCUGGAUAUUAUCUUCCUUCUGCCUACGCUUCUGGAUACGCUUAUUCACCAUACUCCUCGUACAUUGUUUAAAUGUAAUGAAUAAUAAAAAUCUAUG